AUGGUAAGUUAUAACAAGUUGAUAAUAGUUAUCACCAACUAACGAGUUUCAUAGGUUAAUAAAGCACAAUUAAAAACACAAUUUAUUGAAUUAACUCAAGUUUCAAAUACUACUGCUACCAAAUAUUUAGAAAAUGCAAAAUAUGACUUAGGUACGGCCAUAGAUAAAUAUUUUUCAAAACAUCCAAAUAAUCAUCAUAAAUCAGAAACUAUAAUCAAAAUACCUCAUGAUUCAAAAUUAAUUAAAUUAUUUGAUAAAUAUAAAAGUGAUGAAAAAAAUGAUAUUAUAGAUAUAGAUGGUACAAUUUCGUAUCUUGAAGAUUUAAAUAUUCAACCUGAAGAUUUUAAAGCUUUAAUAAUUGCAUUUCUAUUAAAAUCUCCUAAAAUGGGAGUUUUUAAUAAAUCAAAUUUUAUUGGAAUAUGGUCAAAUUUAAAUAUUAAUAAUUUAGAAGGUAUGAAAUCUUAUAUUAAUAAAUAUGAAUCAUCAAUUUUAAUGACUAAUUUUGACACUUUUAAAAAAAUUUAUCAAUUUGCAUUUAAAUUUUCAGUGGAAUUGGAAAAUCAAAAAUUAUUGGAAAUUGAAACUUGUAUAGAUUAUUGGAAUUUAUUAAUACCUAAAAUUUUAAAAAUUGAAGAAGUAAAUACUGAUUUAGAUGAAGGAAAGAUUAAUGAACGAGUUGAACAAUGGUAUACAUUUCUUAAAGAAUAUGAGAAGAAGAGUUUAACUUUUGAUUCUUGGUCAAUGUUUUAUUCAUUUUUAAUUGAAAUUAUAUUUAAAGAUCCAGAAGGUUUUAAUGAUUAUGAUGAGAUGGCCGCAUGGCCAAGUAUAAUUGAUGAGUAUAUAGAGUAUUUGCAUGAUAAUAAAUUACUCAAUUAA